AUGGGCAGCUACCAGCUCCCAGCUCCCAGCGUGGCUGAGUAUAACCCCACGCUGUUCAGUCACGCCCAGGAGAGGGCUGGGAGUUGUCUUUCCCCUUCCAGGAUUUUUGUCAACCGCGGCCUGGAGCUGGGGAAGAUUUGUUGCCUUGGCUUCGACAUGGACUGCACUCCGGCAGCCUACAAGUCCCCGGCCUAUGAGACGCUGUCCUUCGAGUUGCUGCUGGAGCGCCUGGUGUGCGUCGGGUACCCACACAAGAUCCUGCGCUGCACCUACGACCCUGCCUUCCCCGCCAGGCUGGUGUUUGACGCGCCCUGUGGAAACCUGCUGAAGGUGGACACCCGCGGGAAUGGGCUGCUGGGCACCCACGGCUUCUCCUUCCUCCCAGAGGCCGAGAUCUGGAGUUUCUACCCCAGUAAGUUCAUUCAGAGGGAUGAGCUGCAGGAGCGGUCCCACACCCUCAUCACGCUCUUCAACCUGCCUGAAACCUGUCUCUACCUCUGCCUGGUGGGCUUCUUCUCUGGCCGCUCCCGCUACAUCCACUGUGACACCGGUUAUCAGCAUGGGAACCUCUUCAUCUUCCAGGAUGUGACGGAUGCCAUGGAUAACGUCCACCAUUCGCUCUGCUCCCUCCCACGGGGCUGUCUCAAGGAAAGGACCCCAGAAGACUUGGAGAAAUACAUGGAGAAGGAUGCGGGAAUCCCCAUCCUGCGGGGCAAGAGGAAGGAGGUAGGGAAGGUGUUCCUGGCUACCGGCAGCUACAACUACACCGACGCCAUCCGGAGCUACCUGUUUGGCGCUGGUGAGGCUGAGCACUUGUGUCUGCACCUGCCCACCCCCUGCAGGCCCUGGAGGUCCUACUUCGACCUGAUCGUGGUGGACACGCAGAAGCCCUGCUUCUUUGCGGAGGGAACGGUGCUGAGACAGCUCAGGACGGACAUGGGUAAGCUCUGCGUGGGCACCAGCACGGGGCCCCAUCAGCACUGUGCCGUCUACUCUGGAGGGUCGUCAGACGCAGUGUGCAAGCUGCUCGGGGUGCGGGGGAAGGACAUCCUGGACGUCGGGGACCACAUCUUUGGGGACAUCCUCAAGUCCAAGGAGCGGCAGGGCUGGCGGACUUGCCUGGUGGUUCCUGAGCUGUCCCGGGAGCUGGACAUCUAGGCCUGAGAGGAGGAGCGAAUGGAGGAGCUGAAGAGGCUGGACAUGCAACUGGCGGACCUGUACCAGCACAUGGAUGGCAGCAGUUCCGGGCUGCCACUCAUCAGCUCCACCAAGAGGGAGAUUCGGAUGCCCCAUGAGUCAGCAGCAGAGCCAGAAUGGGCCAGUCUGGGUCCUGCCGCCCACCUCCUCUCCUGCAGCCAGAGGAAGGCUGAGGGCAAAGAGAGAGGCAAGGACCAGGAGGGCUGCACGGAGGCAGACUGAAUCCAGGACACAGGCCGGCAUCACGGUCGUCUUCCACUUGAAAUAUUUUUCAGAUAACGGGAAAAAUAUGGAAGAGAGAAAAAGCAACCAUAUUGAAGUCUCCUAAAUGUAACAGAUUUGGAGCCCAAGAGCACUUCUUUUAGGUAGGAGGAAGGUGUCUUGCUCUCAUCCUGGAAGGCAACCCUCCCUGGCCUCUGGGCCAUUUGUGUGUAACAAGUGGAAUUAUUUUGCCCAGUUCCCCUGAGUGUAUCAUUUCACAUCCAAUUUUAUUUUUAUCCAUUUCUUUUUAAAAAUAGUAUUUACGGGACUUCCCUGGCGGUCCAGUGGUUAAGACUCCACACUUCCAAUGCAGGGGGUGUGGGUUCGAUCCCUUGUCGGGGAGCUAUGAUCCCACAUGCCUUGCGGCCAAAAAACCAAAACAUAAAAUAGUAGCAAUAGUGUAACAAAUUCAAUAAAGACUUAAAAAAAAAAGGUCCACAUCAAAAAAUAAAUAAAAAUAAUAUUUCUGUGCACUUUUGAUUCCGUUACUAGUAACAAUAAUACCUAAUCGGCUAUAGAUGACCUCAUUAAUGUUC